AUGGCAGACACUGAACAAGGCAAACCACCAACCUCAGGUCAGCCAGACUGCAGCCAGUGCUCAGGUUGUCUGAAAGGGGAGAAGAGUAAAGACUGUCCUCAGUGCAGUACAAACCCUGAUGCUAAAUCUGCUGAAAAAACUCAGGUGAAUGGAAUCAGUAACAAACAGACUGUGAAUGACAGUAAAGCAGAGGAGAAAAAAGCCCAGGACUCCAAGGCUGCUGAGGAGACCAAAAUCCAGGAGGACCUGAAGGAGUCUGAGGACCCUAAGAAACCACAGGAGGACUCCGGUGGAGAGACUGAACCUCCCUCCCCAGUUAAAGAGGAGGUGAAAGAGGAGCCUGUGGGUCCAGACGAUGUGGUUUGUGACUCCUGCAUUGAAACAGUCUGUAGGGCGAAGAAGUCCUGUCUCACCUGUCUGGUAUCGUACUGUGCAGCCCAUCUGCGUCCGCACUUGGAGAACCCCAAAUUUCAGAGCCACCGGUUGGUGGAACCGCUGAGGGAUAUUGAGCGCCGGACAUGCGAGAACCACACUUGGCCCCUGGAGUUUUACUGCUGUGCAGACGCCUGCUGUAUAUGCCAGGACUGCGUGGCAGAGGAACACCGCGGACACAACACCAUGCCCAUAGCUGAUGCCCGCAAGAAAAUUGAGAAAGAACUCAGUGACAAACAAGCAGAGACUGUGAAGACGGUGACUGCAGCAGAGAAUGCCAUCAAUAAGCUACAGGUCAACACUGUCUCCAUUGAGACGUCAGUGACAGAGGUUCGUAGUGUCAUAGAGGAGCAGUUCACAAAGCUGCAGGCAGCAGUGGAGACCGUGAAGCGGGAGGUGACGGAGAUCCUGGAGGGUGAGGAGCGGCAGGCCCUGCGGCAGGCGGAGGGAAUCCGUUCUCACCUGGAGCAGAGGUGUACCGAUCUGAAAAAGAUCCAGGUGCAGAUGGAAAGGAUCUCCAAGAACAAGAAUGACGUGGAUUUUCUUCAGGAGCACAGUGAGUGGAAAAAGGAGACUCCAGACAUCUCCCUGCCGGGAGUGUACAUCGGCCUGAUGGACCGCCUAAAACCCUUCAGUCAAGUGAUCAUACAGUCAACAGAGGAGCUGUGUGAGAAACAUCUAACUGCCUACCUGGACACCCUCAGAGAUGCCUGCAGGAGUGACAACAUGAGCAUAAAAACAACAGUCCAUGCCAUCAUCUCUUCCAAGCAGAACUUGAGUAUACCUGACCCAAAAACGCGAGAGGACUUUCUCAAAUAUGCCACUCUGUUGAGUUUUGACGCUGAAACAGCACACAAGUUCCUCCGUCUCACUGAAGAUAACCGUAAAGUAACCAACACUACUCCUUGGCAACACAGCUAUCCAGACGUGCCGGAGCGCUUUGAGCAUUGGCGGCAAGUCCUCGCGGUAGAGAGCUUUUAUUUGGGUCGGCAUUACUUUGAGGUGGACAUGAGCGGAGAGGGGACUCAUGUUGGCCUCACUUAUAAGAGCAUUGACCGCAAAGGCCAGGAGACCAAUAGCUGCAUCACCGGCAACAACUUCUCCUGGUGUCUGCAAUGGAACGGUCGCACCUUCUCUGCUUGGCAUAGCGAUGUCGAGACUCCGCUCAGCUUCAGCAAGGUGACACGCAUUGGAGUGUAUGUGGACUACUCCAGAGGCCAGCUGGCCUUCUACGGUUUCGAUGAAGACAUGUUUCUCAUUCAUCAGUAUCAGGCAGAAUUUCUGGAGCCAUUAUACCCCGCCUUCUGGUUGUCAAAGAAGGAGAAUGUAGUUUUGCUAGUUAAUCCAGGAGACCCGCUUCCUCUUAAAAGCCCCUCACCCCCCACAACACCCCCAAAUGGAACUUCUGUUCCUCCAACACUGUCGCAGUAGUAAC